AUGCCUAUCACCAAAACCGCCGUCCUCAGCCAGGAUGCACCCGCCCCCAGCCCUUUGAUGUCACAGGCUGUCGUUUACAAUGGGAUGGUCUAUUGCUCUGGCAGUCUAGGAAUUGAUCCUAAAACGAAUAAGUUUGCCGAGGGAGAUGCGGCCGAUCGAACAACUCAAGCAUUGAAGAAUUUGGACAACAUCCUUCGGUCUGCAGGAAGCGACUUGAGCAAGGCCGUGAAGGUGAACAUUUUUCUGUCCAGUAUGGAGCAUUAUGCCAAGGUGAAUGAGGCCUAUGCUAGGAUUUUCACGCAUGAGGUGAAGCCGUGUCGCACUUGUGUGCCGGUUCCUGAGCUGCCGUUGAAUGCCGAGGUUGAGAUAGAACUGGUUGCGCAUUUGUAG